AUGGGCUGGACAAUACCAACCCACGUCUCCGCCAAUCUAUCGGAGGAGACCCAAGCUAUCAUUGCGGUCACUCAAGGGUUUCUUACAGCGCUGAAUACCAAGUCCCGAGUUGACUUUGACAAGCACUGCAUUCGAGCUGGGGGCAUGUCCCUCGCCGCUCCAUUACCUACUGCCCUGCGCUUCUGCACAAUCGGCUCCUUCAUCGAGCAUGUGGCCACGCUGAAAGACAAUAUCGAUGAGCGGAUCUGGGAUCCUGUAGUGAAAGUUCACGAGGCAGGUAACCUUGCCACAGCCUGGGCUCCUUUUCGGGCCAAAAUCAAUGGUGUUGUGGACCAUGUCGGAGUGCAAUUGUUUGUACUUUAUAGAAUGAACGGGGAGUGGAAAGUUACUGGGUUGGCAGAUUCUUGUCGACUGCCGACUGAGGAAGAAAUGAAUAUGGACUAG